GGGAGGGGGAAACGGCGUAUGCUUGUAUACAACCCUGAUUUCCAUUUUUUUCCCAACUCGUAAUGUAUUUAAUUCAAGUGAAACGUAAUCAUGACGUGUCGUGUCAUUAAUCUCCUCGCCGCCUCUCCCGAAAUCAAAGGAGGAGGCUGCCAAAGAGGUGUGUCCCCCAUCAACCGAGACACUAAAGAAUGGCAUAACAUCACACCUACUGCUGAGGAUGGAUUCUCCGCCAGAGUGUGUGUUGUCUCUUUCUUGUGAGCAGCCCCAGUCCCCCCCAACACUGCCAUCCCUGGACCACAGCCCCCAGGCCUCCUCUCCUCACACUCUGCUCUCUCUGCCUGACAGCCCUGUUGUUCUGCCCAUUCACAGCCCUGAACCUUCCCCUCAAAGUCUGGACACUACACCUUAUUUCCCCCUCUCUCCCUUCACACUACACGAGGAAAGUAACAAUCAUCACGAUGCUGAUGAAGAAGAUGACGAGGAAGGUCUGGAUGGAGUUCCUCCCUCCCCAACACCAGCAGUGGCUCUGUUCCCAGGAGGUGGGGGACAAGAGGCUGGAUGCAGCCCUUGUUUGGACUCCUCUCCACCGUCCACACCAUCAGCACCAGUCCUUGGGUUCGGAGCCCUGGAGUUGGCCCUUUCAUCAGGGCAGAGUGGAAACUGCAGUGACGAGCUAGACCUCCAACUGUUCCAGAAGGAUACUGUUACCAGGGCAGCACCUGGAGUGGGAGGGGCUGCAUCAGGGCCUGCUCUCAGGUUUCCCUGCCAUGUAUGUGGGAAGAGAUUCCGAUUCCAAAGCAUUUUGUCUCUUCAUGCCCGAGCACACAGUCUAGACCGAGACCGUAGAGCUUCAGCCCUGUACAGGACUGGACUCCCCUCAGCACCCCUAAAGCAGCACCUCAAAAUCCAACAUAAUCACAAAGACUUAACCCAGAAUCACAGAAGUCACCCCAACCAGCGCUUAUUGUCGGGGACUCUCAUACAACACCUCACAGAAGAAGAUGGUGUUGAUGGCGAGGUCAGAGGUCUAGAUAACGGCCUACAGACAGACCAGAACCCAAACUUUUUACUGGAUAAUAGCACACCAUUGACUCCUCCCCUAACAGAGGACCCUAUUUCUGUGACCUCUCCCUAUUCUUCUACCAUUGUGGAGGGUGCAUCUACUCCCAUAGCACCCACAUUUCGUUGCCAUGCUUGCAAAGGAAAAUUCCGCACGGCUUCAGAGUUGGCGCGCCAUGUCCGCAUUCUCCACAACCCAUAUAAAUGCACUCUUUGUCCUUUUUCUGCCAGCCAAGAAGAGAGCCUGGCAUCUCACUUGCAGGAGUGCCACCCAUCCCCAGAGGUACCUGCUCUGCCCCCGGCCUUCAAUUCCAGACCGGUCAUUACAACCCCUGACACUCCCAUGCCUACACCAACCCAUACCCCAGCCCCGAGUACUCCACAGCUGACAUCAGGCUCUACGGUAGCUUCCUCACUGCCAGCAUUUCGCUGUGAUACUUGUGGACAGCGAUUUACCCAGUCUUGGUUUCUGAAGGGACACAUGCGAAAGCACAAGGACUCCUUGGACCAUAAGUGCCAGGUAUGUGGCCGAGGAUUCAAGGAGCCUUGGUUCCUCAAAAACCACAUGAAAGUACAUCUUAACAAGCUUGGGCUAAAGGCCGGCCUCGGAGCCCUUGGGGGACCAGGAGGUGCUGAGCAGCAAGCUAAAGGCUCGGCUAGUAAUCAGUCUCUCAAUGCUCUCUACUCAAGCCUCCUUCUAGCUCAGCGAGGGGGUGGCAGAGGUGGACACGGAAGAUCCGAGAGAGAAACCGGUGGCAGAAUUGGGAUGGGCUCAAGCAAGUCAGCCAUCCUCGGUUACCUGGGAUUGCCCAGUGAUGGCAGUGGGGCCAGCUGCAUGGAGAGACUUCAAGCAGUCGCUCAGGUUGCAGAGAUGGGAAACGGUGGUGGUGGUGGCAUUGGCAGCUCAGGAGGAGGGGGAGCAACUAGAUCAGGGGGCACAGGUGAAACUACAGCGUCCGUUUCAGAAGGAGGGGACCAGGCAACAUGGUGGCAACUGGUGGCUCGCAGUCUGGCAGUAGCUCAGCAUCAGCAGAGACCCCAGCAGCGAGGCCAGCAGCAAGGCCAGCGAGGCGCAGGUCGAAGCUCAGUGAUCACAGAAGCUGACCAAGUCAGAGCCUACCUUGCGGGUAUGGAUCCGAGGGAAGAUUCUGGAGGUGCAGGAGGGCCAUGGGAAUGCCCAGACUGUGGAAAGCUAUUCCGCAGCUUGCAGCAGGUGGUGGUUCAUGCUCGUGUUCACACUCAGAGGCCCCAAAAAGGAGGUGGUGGUGAAGAAGAGGGUGGUGGUAGUCGUAGAGGAACAGGGCUAGGAAGAGGAAGCAGCAGUGAAGUGAGACAGGAAUCUCAGCUGCAUGGUGGUGGAUCCCAACAAACAGGAGAAGCGAGACAGGAAUCCAAACUGCACAGUGGUGGAUCACAACAAGCAGGACUAGCUACAGGGUUUCACUCUGUCAUCUCAAGCUUCAAAGGAGAAAAUGGCUUGACAGCAGUCUCCUCCAUACCGUCAGUUACCACCAGGGAGCGAGUGCGUGGUAGAGGGAUAAAAGACUGCCCCUACUGUGGUAAAGCCUUCCGCUCUUCACAUCAUCUCAAAGUACACCUGAGAGUUCACACAGGUGAGAGACCCUACAAAUGCCCCCACUGUGAUUAUGCAGGUACCCAGUCAGGCUCGCUGAAGUACCACCUGCAGCGGCACCACAGGGAGCAACGCAAUGCCUUGGCAACCUCCUCCAAUUCAUCCUCCACUGGUCUCACCUCCACUAUCAACAGUCUGACCUCUGGAACCUCUGGACUGACGAAGCAGCGUCGAUCCCAGCUCAAUCAUUGCCCAGUCAACCAAGGCACAGCCGAUAGCCCCACUUCUCGACCCAGCCAGCAGUCCUGGCUCCUGGGGCUUCCAGACCAGCGGGAGCAUCGGAAGGCCUUGGCAGCUCUAAGGGAUGUCGACUUGGAGACCCAGUACAGGUAUCUAUCUGGGGUGAUGGGGGCCCUUUACCAAGGUGGAAUGGAAAGGGGCUGGAUCAGGGAGUCUCCUCCACCAAAAGCCCAUAAAGUGUCACGCCGUAAGCCACUUACUACUAGCCGAAUGGUGCAGCCAUCGAGUGAAAAGGAUGGGUCUGCACCUUCAACACAAGAGGGGGGGUUUGAACCCCUGGAUCUGUCCCGUCGGCCUUCACCUGGCCUUGGAGGGUUGGAGGAGGAUGGAGGUGUGAGCAUAGGGGACGGAGGAGGCAUCAGUAGUGGAGAGGGUGGAACAGACAGUUUAGCAGGGGUCAAACUGAGCCAGUGUUUGUUCUGCCCGUUCCGUACCUCCUCAGCGGAGCUGAUGGCCAUGCAUCUCCAGGUCAACCACACCAGUAAGUCCAGACGCAAAAGAGGCCCUUCGGUCAUCUUAGAUGAAGAUGGAGGCCCAAAGGCCACCAAGCCCCGGACGGAUCACUCUGACCUCGACUCUCUGACAAUAUGGAGGCAUGUGAGUGAGGUAGAGUCCCAGGCACCCCUGGAGGAAUGGCCUACAGCUCAGGCCAAGACUCUGAAUGGGCUCUCUGAGGAUACAGCGGAACACGAAAACAUCUUAGACUCCAACGUGGCCUCAGUGUCUAACAAUUUAAGGGGCAGCCUGGUGCUCAAGGGGAAGUUCGAGGAGGAUGAAGCUGAGCAAGAGGAUGAGUUGGAAGAGAAUUUGGAGAACAGCAGUCUGGAGGAUUCACAGGACCAGGAUCUGAGGAUGGCUCUUUCUUUGUCACCAGCGCUGAAUUCCAGCCAAGAGUCUUAACAGAUUAAAAUGAUUUUGGGUGACACAAUUUAAAUUGGAGAGUUGGGCUCGAUGUUUUCAAUUACAUCUGAGACAGAACUGAAGAAGCGGCAGGUAGUUUUGCAGAGGGAAAAGGGGUUUACGGUCAAAUGAAGACUUGCCCCUUUCAUUUCCGGAUGGAGAAUACUUGACUCCUGAGAUUUCAAAAAGGAUGUAGAGAAAAAUCACUGCUGUUAUGUUCCCUCUGACAUUAUUUGCCUACUUGAGUUCUGACAGCGUGGUCAUCCACAGAAUAAACUUCUUGUACUAAAGAGCAUAGAAGCAUCUUUUCAGGACUUUGUAGGCCACUUUUUCAUUUUUUUUCUUCAAGCUUAACUCCAUGAUGGAUGACUUUUAAGAUGACCUCCUAUUUCAUAAAUGAAAGAAACAUGUAUAAAAUGUAGGGCAGAUCCUGCAACAUUCCACAUGCGUUUAUUCCACACUAAUAAUGGACUGCAUGUCCUAGACUACUUUACUGACCAAGCUGAAGUCAUCUGUGAAGAGAUGCUCUCCUGGCUGACCAUUUAAACAGUGUGAAACCUCAAACUUCAAGUUCCUCCUCAGCCCACACAGAUUCGGAGGAAAGUUUAGUCUUGAAAAGUUUCAAUCUGUGAAACAAGCUAUUUGGUAUUAAUUUAAGGCGUGAGGUAACUGUUGCAGGCGUGGGCUUUCCCUCAACUGUAUAUCACUGCCUUGUUUGUCUAAAGUGUUUCUAGGCGAUUGCCCUAAAGAUAAACAGAAAGAAAAGUUUGUAACCUUUUUUUUUCUUCUUUUUCAGUUAGUGCCUGUCCAUGUAUGUUGUCAAGAGAGUCCCUUGUAUUCCUUUGCAUUGAGGCUCUUAUAGGUCAUUUAUUUUAUCUGAAUAUACAGUUUAAAACAAUUUAAGUACAGUAUAUUUGUUAAAAGUGGUUCUAGGGUGUUGUGAAUAGUAAGUUGUAAAAGAAAUGCCGCUGCGUAGCGUGAUGUGCUUGACACGGGCGGCAGCCAUUUGUGGCUCAGCUUGAAUAUCCAAAAAAAAAAAAAAAUAAAAUAAAAAAAAUUAGUUGAUAUAAAUAAUGUAUACUGAGAGGUCAAAGGCUGAGCUAUAAGAAGGGGGUCGUGGUUCAAAAUUCAUUCAGUGUUUACAAUGGUUGCAGAUGUGGGUUCGGCUGCCGAGGCAGCAUAGACGCAUGGAAAAGAACAAAACACAGAGCGGGAGCCCCCUGAACACAAUCAACUGAAACACAUUUUUAAAAGAGACAGAGACUUAGCAACUGUGUCAAAAAAAGGAACAAUAUCAUUUUUGUUUCCAUAGGAGAGAAGGUACAAAGUAGAGAAUGAAAAGGAAAGCAGUAUCUCUGCCAAACAGGACUCAAUCUGAGAAACAAACUGUACUCUUGGGGUAUAGUCUCUUCUAGAUGAGUAGAUUCCCUCUCUUCUUCUUUUUUUUAUAAGAAAAGAAAAGACAAUGGUAGGAGUACUUAUUAAAACACUAACAAAUGCAUAGACAUCCCAGUAGAAUAUGUGUAGCUUUUGUAAAGACAAGGAAAAAAAGCAGACUUUUGUUUAUUUUCAUUUCAAGAUGCUUACAGAAAAAUGUUAUCAAUACAGGUAAUAUUGAUUAUAAUGUUUGUGAGCUAAGACUAGUUGGAAUGUCUAUACAGAGCACUGUGCAAGGUUUGAGUUCCCAAAGUAGUUGUUUUCAUUUUGACUUUAUUGAUAGACCAAACGUUUUUUUUCCCAAUGGAAGUCGUCACUUUCUGUUGUUGUUUUAAUUGUGUAAAGCUGUGGUUCCAAUAGACUUACCCCACUGAUUAGCUAAAAAAUCAAUCAAUCAGUUGAUCAGUGUAUCAAAUAUCCAGUCAUUAUUGGUAAACGUCAACACAACUAUUGCUAUUGCCAACCAACUGACUAAUCCGAAUUUGUCUGGAAUCUCUUAGUACAUUUUUCUUUUCCAAGGGGAAAUUGACAGGUGCAGACCAAAACGCCUCUGGAUGCAAUUGGGUAGGCGUAUGACCAAUCAGAGAAAGAAACGUCAUGGGGUGCAGAGCCUGAAGUUUGUUCAGAAACAGAUUUUGGUGGACUUGCUUACUUAAGUUUCCUUACUGCCAGCCUACUCAUACUCAAACACCACUGGCUCACAGACAUUGGCUCAAACCGUAUCAAACCCAGACCGUAUAGCAUAAAUUGUUGUGAUUGGAUUACACUGGUUAACAACCACUAUUUAUCUACUCAGACUACUUUUUGAUGGGGUAAUCUAUGAUCACAACCACACCUUAAUGUGCAUUAAUGUGUUUUAAGUUCCUUUUAUUUUAGAGCACCUUAUGAGUUUUGUAGUCAAUGUCCCUUAGUGGUGUCUUCUUAACAACUACUGUCAAUACCAUCGUGCCUUCUGUUUCAAGCACUUCCUGGUGUAUUUUGUAAAACUCACCAAAAGCACUUAGCCUUUAACUACACACUGUCUCCAUCCUUCCACUUCCCUGCUUUAUUCCUUCUCUUCUUCUUCAUCACCUCCGCCCAUUUAUUUAAAUCUUUUUCUCAUGUCUUUACCUCCUGACCCCUCUCUCAUGGGGUAAGCUGUUUUCAUAUCAGAUUUCUCUCCAAUUUUUCAGGCCUGCUCGGCCUUAAACCAGGUCACUGGGCCUUAUUACAACCUAGCAUGGCUAGACUCUUGAAACAAUGGACUACCUAACCUUCAUUCAAGUAAAAAUCAUUAUAGAUGUAGGGUUAGACUACUCUUGGUCUUAAUACUAACCCUUGGUAAACCAAAGCCCAAGUCUGAUAUUUAAUCUUAAAAAAAGGUGCCAAAACUUGUCCAAAGUGACACUAAAGCAUGCAUCAACUUGGAGAAAACAAAAUAAUUCACCUGUCCACUCAUACUUUAAACCCUUCUCCCUCCUUUUCUCUCUCUCUCUCUCAUGCUUGCUCUUCCUCCAUUUCCCUGCUCUUGUCCGUAAACUGUCUAUUUCUAGCACCACUUGAAGGUGACGUGUACUAUCUGGUAUUGAGGCCUUUAUUAGAUUUUUAUUUCAGUUUGUGUGGUGUUUGUUCAAUGCCGUUGAGAUGGAAAAAUGCUCUUCUUAUAAUGAUAAUUAUUAUUGUUUUGGCAUUAUGGUUAAAAAAGAAAAAAAAACAAGAGAAAUGUGUUGUUGAAUGUUGUACAGAUAGCACUAGAGAUGUUGUGUUUUUUAAAGAGAGCACAAACCUGAGUGAUGGUCCCUUCUACUCCUCCCAAUGGCAGAUGGGAAUAAAACAACCUGCCAGUCAAUCUAGAUGUCUAAUGACAGAAGUUUCCUCAGUGUUGACAGAUUUUCAAAGUAAACCCUUUGUCUAAGUAGCGUUCAUUUCUGGAGAUCUGAACGUGAAAAGGCAGUCUUUGACUCAAAUUCUCAAAUUUCUUUCUUCCUCUCUGAAAGCAGCUCUUGAGCCACUGUUUGUACUGGUUUGGGAGGUUGAAUUUACAGAAACUUGAUUAUUUUACCUACUUGGAAAGAGUCAGACAAACACAUGUGGGCCUGCUUAUCCAUACGCAGUCUGAAAGGAUGUUUAACAGUAAGUUAAGCCAAUUUUAGCUUAUUUAUAUCUUUGGAAUGAGUUAAAGGCUUGUCUGAAAACUGGUGAAAUACACCUUUACAUUUAUCCAAAGAUGGGCAGUUUGUCUAGACCAUAAAAAUGUAUUCAUAUAACUGCUAAUUCCACUUAAAUAAGUGGAGUAUAAGAAUAAGAAUAAGUCAACUCCUGUUUGUGUGUCACCAGUCACAAUGCAAGAAUAUGAAAACUUUCUUCAUAUAUAUAUAUAUAUAUAUAUAUAAUAGUUACAGACUGUUUAAAGGUGUAUUUCAGCCGUUUUUUGAAAGGAGUUAGGACUCAGCUGACAUUUGUGAGCAAAACAAGCUCAAGCUCAUCAUUCACACGAUAUUCAGAGUUCAUAGAAAGAUACAGUAAAGCAGCCUUGAGUUUGUCUGACUCUCAGUUGAAAAACUUGCCAAAUUUUGUGUAAGACAAGCUACCCUUUUACAUUUGCACCUGUUUUAAACUGAAUACAAUGUGGCUUUGUUGUGAUUUUUUGUUUUAAACUCAUGUGAAAAUUGCACCUUAUAUCAUUUCACCCAAAGGAUAACACUGUAAUUUAGUGGGUACAACAUGGGCUGAUACUACAUGUAGGGUAUCGAUAGGUUUGAUCUUUCCGAAGGUGUUGUUUAUUAUGAAAUGACAAAUCUUUGCGAGGUGAGGGGGCCGUGCUGGGUUUGAGCUCUUGUGUAGUUUACUGCCAUUGCAGUGAGGGAAAACUGAUCUAACAUAGUAGUGACUAAUAUGACUUUGUGGACAGAUAAAAAAAAAUAAAAAUGAAAAUAAAACACAUUAGAAAUAAACACAAACAAAAUAA